GCGGUGAUCCAACAGGAGUCUGUGCGGCUCAUGUGACGUCAGAGCCGCUGGUGAACUGAAGAGUUCUCAGAAUAGAAUUCUAGGAAUUGGUGAUUUUUAAAAGCCAAGCCUACACUGUGUCCUUCACACGUUUGCGUCGCAUUCGGGAGCCAACACUCCGUGUAGCCGCUCAGUGUUUUUAUUUAUGGUCUUGGUCUAUGUUCUAGCGUUGUUGGACGUUUAGGGACUAUAUAGGCCUACAUUAGCGAUACGGUCGCGUUUACUUGAACAGAGGAAUCUAGACCUUCAACCAAUGCGCUCAGCAUUUCCGCGUCUUGACGCUGCCAAUAUUUCCUGGUGGGACCGACAUCAUUUCUUGUGAAAGUAAUUUAUUUUGUCGCCUAGGCAUAUGCAUUUAUUAUUUUGUGGAAGAGGAAUCGUCAAUCGGAAUUAAGCUGCCGCAUUCAGUAUGAUUCUUUGUGUUCAAAGUCCUAGGACUCAUCUGCCUACUCGUGCCCCAUCGACUGCACUCCCCCUGGGCAUGCGACCAGGAGCCGUCUCCCCACCCCACUGCGUACAGAGCCCCCCUCUGAUAUGCGAUCCCACCAAGGACCUCCGGGCAAUAGCCAGCAACUUCUGUCACCUAGAAAACUCAGGUUGGUACUGGGGGGCCAUCACUGCGGCCCAGGCGCACGCCGCUCUCCAGGAGGCCUCUGAGGGGGCCUUCCUGGUGCGGGACAGCAGCCACCCGCAGUACAUGCUGACCCUGUCCGUCCGGACGGCGCGCGGCCCCACCAGCAUCAGGAUACAGUACAGCCAGGCUCAGUUCCUCCUGGACUCCAGCCCCCCCGCCCGCCUGGGGAUGCUGUCCUUCCCCGACGUGCCCAGCCUGGUGGAGCACUACAUGGGCCCGGGCCGCAAGGUCCGAGAGGAGAAGGCGGAGGACACGGGCUCCUCCUGCAAGGCCGCGCAGCAGCAGCUGCUGCCGCCGCCGCCGCCGCCCAAGCAGCCGAGCGCCAACGAGGCCUCGGUGGUGUUGAAGCUGCGGACCGCCGUGUACAAGUCCCAGGGCUUCCCCUCGCUGCAGCACCUCACGCGCCUCACCAUCAACAGACACUCGGACCAGCCCGAACGGCUGCCCCUUCCCAGGCCGCUGCUGGGCUUCAUCAAGGACUACCCCUUCAAGGUAUGAUGGAAGGGGCUCCCUGGGGCCGGAGCCCUCAAUGGAACAAAGGGAACCAUAAAACUGUGGUGCGGCGGGGGGGGGGGGGGGGAGAGUUACAAGGCUCUUAAUGCUGGACGCAAGAGCACACGGUGGAGAGACUCUAUACAGGAACAAACACUUGACACUCGUGUCUGGAUUUAGACUUGAUUUGUCCCAAGAGUCGGCGUCACGGUCCGACUACAGGGUGAAUUGCAAAGAAACACUUUGGUACUGUAGAUGUGUGGAUUUUCCACAUCUAUUCUACCCCCAUUGGUUCUGGAUGUGCACAAUGUGCACAACUCCAGAGCCGUCGAUUGUUUUUGUUCAUUUUGUCAUUAGUAUUUUGUACCUUAUUUUGUCUCAACAUUUUUCUAUUAAAAAUAAUCAACUGGA